AUGGAGGAGAAAGCAAAGAGAAAUCAGAAAGUAGCGUUUUACAAGCUUUUCACGUUUGCAGAUCGAUACGACAUCGUUUUGAUGGUGGUCGGGACGAUCGCCGCCAUGGCCAACGGCCUAACUGUGCCGAUUAUGACAGUACUCAUAGGCCAGAUCAUUAACGUCUUUGGAUUCUCUGAUCAUGAUCACGUGGUUAAAGAAGUCUCUAAGGUUGCUGUGAAGUUUCUUUACCUUGCAGUCUAUGCUUGUGUUAUGUCUUUCCUGCAGGUCUAUUGUUGGAUGGUAACUGGGGAGCGUCAAUCCGCUAGAAUUCGCGGUCUAUACCUAAAAACGAUAUUAAGACAAGAUAUCGGCUUUUUUGACACCGAGACAAACACCGGUGAAGUCAUCGGAAGAAUGUCCGGAGACACCAUUCUUAUUCAAGACUCCAUGGGAGAAAAGGUUGGGAAAGUUAUACAACUACUAUCAACGUUCUUUGGUGGAUUCACGGUCGCUUUUAUCCAAGGCAGGCGACUCACAAUAGCUCUUCUUCCGUGCAUUCCAUUGCACGCGGCCACAAGUGGACUAAUGGCCUUGAUCAUGUCGAGAAUGGCUGCUCGUGGCCAACUCGCUUACGCGGAAGCAGGAAACGUAGUAGAACAAGCCGUCGGGUCUAUUAGAACAGUUGUGGCAUUCACGGGAGAGAAACAAGCUACAGAAAAAUAUGAGACGAAGCUGGAAAUUGCCUAUAAAUCUACGGUUCUACAAGGGCUCUUCUCGGGUUUAGGCCUUGGAAUAAUGAUGGUUGUGGUCUUCUGUACUCACGGUUUUGCGAUUUGGUACGGUGCUUGGCUGAUAAUGGAGAAAGGAUAUAACGGAGGUCAAGUCAUGAACGUGAUUUUCUCAAUUGUGUCUGGAGGAAUGGCCCUGGGGCAGACGUUGCCUUCUCUUAACGCUUUUGCGGCCGGACAAGCUGCAGCCUACAAAAUGUUUGAGACGAUUAAAAGAAAACCAAAGAUCGAUGCUUAUGACUCGAGCGGUACGGUUUUGAAGGAGAUCAAAGGAGACAUUGAGCUAAGAGAUGUUUACUUUCGAUAUCCAGCGCGACCUGAUGUGCAGAUCUUUGCUGGAUUUUCGCUGGUUGUACGGAAUGGCACGACCGUGGCUCUGGUGGGACAGAGUGGGAGCGGAAAAUCAACGGUGAUCAGUUUGAUUGAGAGGUUUUACGAUCCUGAAUCAGGAGAGGUUUUAAUUGAUGGAAUUGAUUUCAAGAAGCUUCAACUUAGAUGGGUCAGAAGCAAAAUCGGUCUAGUAAGUCAAGAACCAAUACUUUUCGCGACAACGAUCAGAGAAAACAUUGUUUACGGGAAAAGAGAUGCGUCCGAUCAAGAAAUCAAAACCGCGGUUGAGCUUGCUAACGCCACUGGGUUCAUAGACAAACUCCCACAGGGUUUGGAUACAUUGGUAGGAGAACACGGGACGCAAAUAUCCGGUGGGCAGAAGCAGAGGAUCGCGAUUGCGAGGGCAAUUUUGAAAAACCCUAAAAUCUUGCUUCUUGAUGAAGCAACAAGCGCUUUAGAUGCAGAAUCAGAACGCGUUGUUCAAGACGCUCUUGUAAAGCUAAUGUCGAGCCGGACCACCGUUGUGGUGGCUCAUCGGCUUACCACCAUUAAAACCGCCAAUGUGAUCGCCGUUGUGGAGGAUGGGAAAAUCGUCGAGAAAGGAACUCACGAGGAGAUGAUCCAAGAUCCCGAGGGAGCGUAUUCACAGCUCAUUCUUCUACAAGAAGGAUCAAAGAAAGAAGGAGGAAUAGUCGACGAAAAAGAGAGGCGUGAGACGAGUUUUGAAAUCGAAAGAUUGGAUAGCCAAAACGAAGUCCAUAGAAGGCAUUCAUCGAGCAGCCGCCAUUCCUUCUUUUCCGCGCAAGAUUGUGACUUAUCGGGAGCAGCUAAUUUGAAUCAGAAGAAAGAGAUUCACGAGAAUAGCUCGUCCACUGAAGACAAAACGGCCAAGAAACGCAAGAAAGUAUCGUUGAGACGGCUAGCUCGCCUCAACAAACCUGAGAUUCCGGUUUUGUUGCUUGGUUCAUUGGCUGCAGCGGUUCACGGUAUUGUGUACCCUGUCAAAGGUUUGCUUCUGUCUGCCACAAUCAAGAUAUUCUUUGAGCCUUCAAAUAAACUAAAGAAAGACUCGCUUUUCUGGGCUCUCAUUUUCGUCGCGCUUGGUUUAACCGAUUUGAUCGUGAUUCCAUUUCAAAACUACUUUUUUGCUAUCGCUGGAGGAAAAUUAAUCAAACGCAUAAGAUCAUUAUCGUUUGAUAAAGUUGUUCACCAGGAGAUAAGUUGGUUUGACAAUACCGCGAAUUCUAGUGGCGCAAUUGGAGCGAGAUUGUCCACAGAUGCUUCAUCAGUGAAGAGUAUAGUGGGUGAUGCAUUGGCAUUAAUCGUGCAAAACAUAGCGACUAUAACCGCUGCACUGAUUAUAGCGUUUGCGGCUAAUUGGAUAUUGGCUUUAUUAGUCCUUAUUGUCACACCAAUUAUGGUCCUUCAAGCAUAUCUUCAGACCAAGUGUAUAACCGGUUUUAGCGCAAAUGCAAAAGAAAAAUACGAAGAGGCCAGCCAGGUCGCGAGUGACGCGGUAAGCAGCAUAAGAAUGGUUGCAGCAUUUUGUGCGGAGGAUAAAGUGAUGGAUUUAUACGACCAGAAAUGUGCGGUACCGAAGAAACAAGGUGUCCGGUUAGGACUCGUGAGCGGUUCGGGCUACGGUUUUUCUUUCUUGGCUCUAUAUUUCAUCAAUGCCUUAUGUUUCUACAUUGGUUCUCGGUUGAUUCAAAACGGAAAAGCCAAGUUUGGAGAAUUCUUUCAGGUAUUCUUUGCACUAACUUUGACAGCCACAGGAUUAUCUCAUACGAGUGCCAUGGCACCUGACAGAAGCAAGGCCAAAGACUCUGCUGCUUCGAUUUUCGAUAUUCUUGAUAGUAAACCGAAAAUCGAUUCCAGUUCUAACGAGGGGACGAUGUUACAAAACGUGGACAGUGAUAUUGAGUUCCAACAUGUUAGUUUUCGGUAUCCUACGCGGCCGGAUAUACAGGUCUUUAGUGACUUGUCCUUGACUAUUUCUUCUGGACAGACCGUAGCAUUGGUCGGAGAGAGCGGAAGUGGGAAAUCGACGGUGAUAAGCUUAAUCGAGAGAUUUUACGAUCCGGAUUCAGGCAAGAUUCUUUUGGAUCAGGUUGAAAUUCAAACGUUAAAAUUGAGUUGGUUAAGACAACAGAUGGGUUUGGUUAGUCAAGAACCGGUUCUGUUCAACGAGACAAUAAGCUCAAACAUAGCAUAUGGCAAAACCGGUGGAGCCACAGAGGAAGAGAUCAUAACCGCAGCACAAGCGGCUAAUGCGCAUAACUUCAUCAGUUCAUUGCCUCAAGGCUACGAAACAUCGGUAGGCGAACGCGGUGUACAGUUAUCCGGUGGUCAGAAACAGAGGAUUGCGAUAGCUCGAGCUAUUCUCAAGAAUCCUAAGAUUUUGUUGCUUGACGAAGCGACAAGCGCGUUGGAUGCAGAGUCUGAGCGGGUGGUGCAAGAUGCGCUGGACCGGGUGAUGGUGAACCGGACCACGAUUGUGGUGGCUCAUCGGCUCACUACAAUUAAGAAUGCUGAUGUAAUCGCGGUUGUGAAGGACGGUGUGAUUGCGGAGAGAGGAAGACAUGAGACGCUGAUGGAGAUUUCAGGUGGUGCUUAUGCUUCGCUUGUAGCGUUUCAAAUGAGUGCAAACUGA